AAACUAAACUUUGGCGAUAGAAGAUGCUUUCUGGCAACACAAACUUGACGACAGGUAUUCAAACAUCGUAAAAAUCCUUCAACGCUCAGCUGCUAAAACUUUUAUAAAAUUUGUAAAACAAAAACCUGAUCUACAAACAAUGAAGAGAAAGCUUGUUGUGAAUUUAAUUUUGAUCAUAGUCUAUUCAGUCUAUUUGAAAUUUAUUAAACCAACCCCCGAAACAAAAAUAUGCACCACCUUCCACGGACCAAACAACUACACCAGAUACCAGUGUGAACAAGUUUGUUGUGGUUCGAUAGGGGAAAGACACUGCUGUAGCAGUUAUCACCUCUACUUUUAUGACGUACUAGUUGCAGGAUACAGCAAGUGUGUAGGUCUGGAGUGUCUCUAUCGCUUGACCAUGGGGCUCUACGCUGCUUGCGUUCUUGCCCUGGACUUCUUCUGGUUCACUAUGGCGACCCGACCUCGCAUUGUACUCCCACAGAGGUUACUGAGGCCCAUGGUACCGCAAGUUGUGGUCCCACCCACAAGAAGGACCACGUCAGUCGGAAACAAAUACUUCCCUAGGACGUCCGGAGGGGACGACAGCGUUCUGAUGUAACACACUGGCUCGAACUUGAACUACACAGUCAUCACACAGUUUGUCACACAAAUACAAAUACAUAGUCACCACACAGUUGUCACACAACUACAAAUACAUAGUCACCACACAUAUAUCACACAAAUACACAGUCAUCACACAACUACAACUUCACACUUAUCACGCAGCUACAACAACACAGUCAUCACAGUUGUCACACAAAUACAUAGUUAUCACACUACAACUACACAGUAAUCACACAACUACAUCUACACAGUCAUCACACAACUACACUGUCAUCACACAACAACAACUACACAGUUAUCACACAACUACAACUACACAGUCAUCACACAACUACAACUACACUGUCAUCACACAACUACACUGUCAUCACACAACUACAACUACACAGUUAUCACACAACUACACAAUCAUCACACAACAACAACUACACAGUCAUCACACAACUACAACUACACAAUCAUCACACAACAACAACUACACAGUCAUCACACAACUACACAAUCAUCACACACCUACAACUACACAAUCAUCACACAACUACAACUACACAGUCAUCACACAACUACAACUACACAGUCAUCACACAACUACAACUACACAAUCAUAACACAACUACAACUACACAAUCAUAACACAACUUAAAAUAAUCAGUUAUUACAUAAACGAAAGUACACAUUCACUGACAUAACUAAAACCUCACAGGCACCAAACAUACCUAAGAUUAUUUUAAUUACACGUUCAACAUAUCUUUCUUCCACAUCGUAGUGUGGUGCCUAUAUCGAAAUGUAAUUCUGAGGCACAUUUUUUGGCAUUUAAAAACAGAGCUUACAUAAUUGUUUCUAACAUGAUACUUAACAAACGAUACUCAAGUUAUGGAAACGAAUAAGUUGAACACAUUAUCGUUUUAGAAAACAAAAACUUGAUUUUUAGAAAAAAAUAUACCAUAACUCUUAAAAAAUCAUUGUGAACUUUUUGCUGAGUUAUAAAAAUCAAUAUUUUUAGAGGAUUAAAAAUUCUUAACAAAGUAUGCUAAAGUUACGGUAAUGAAUUUGUUAAAUGGCUUAUCAUUUUAGAAAAAACCAAACAUUGAUUUUUAGAAAAAAAUUUAUACAGAAUCAUUGAGAAAUUUUUGCAGAGUUAUAAAAAUCAAUAUUUUUAGAGGACUGAAAAUCCUUUUUUUCGUGAUAAUGUCACAUUUUGAUAAUGUAAACGUAAAGAAAUUAUUGAAGAAAGUAUCAAUGUAAAACAGUUUACAAUAUUUUAAAUAAAAUACCUGACCGCAAAAGCU